GAGUGAGAGCCAGAGAUGGGGCCCGCAAUUAGGAGUCCCCAGUCCAGGCCUGGCUACUGUUCCUCUUAUGGGUCCAUAAGCCCGCCUUCCCAGGCUGGCCACUUCCCCAAUCAAAUCUCUGAUCUUCCUUGGUUCUUACAUCUCACAGAUCCUGGGACUUAGGGGAAGCCUCCUGCCUAGUUCAGAGGCCUCCUCUUUUCCUCCUCUCCUCCACUGACAGAGUCUGGACUGGUAUGGCCUGGAGGUGCUCACAACUGCUACCGGUCCCUGUGCAGCUGGUGCUACUGGCCUCAGGUAUCUGGGGGUCCACAGUUAUAUUUGAAGAGCUUCAUAGAAUGGUAGGACAGAGCUUCUCCGUGCAAUGCCAGUACAAGUCUGAGGAGGAGCCUUAUGUGCUGAAAACGUGGUGUCGGCAAGUAUCUCCAAAUAGAUGUACGAGAGUGGUCACUACCUCCGAGCCUCGGAAAGCAGUCAGGGAAUCACAGCACACGAUCUGGGAUGAUCCUGAAGCCGGCUUCUUCAGCAUCACCAUGACUCAACUAACAGAGAAUGACUCGGCAUUCUACUGGUGUGGUCCGUUUAGUCCUUCCCGCAGAAAAGUGACUGUUCUCAGAAACAUCAGCCUGGUGGUGUCUCCAGCCUCAUCAACUCUUCCUUCACAGAUGAGCACUUGGCUCCCAGAAAGCACAGUUAUGACCACAUCUCCUGAGGACAUCACUGACUCUUCCAUCAACGGCUCUGUGCACAGAAACCAAAGUUCUUCCUCUCCUGGCUGGACCUCCCCGGGGCUUCUGAUCUCUGUGCAGUAUGGACUCCUCUUGUUCAAGGGCCUGAUGCUGUCAGUUUUCUGUGUGCUCCUUUGCUGGAGGCGUGGCCAGGGACGUGAGCAUAUGGCAGAGACAGAGAUGAUGGAGCUCUCAAAAUUACCUCAUAUCUCGAAGUCCUUGGGCACCGUUAGCCACAUCUCAGGGUGUGAGAAGAAAGCUAACUGGUUCUAAGGCUACCCAGUGAGCCGAGAAGGUCCAACUGCAGCUCUACCUCCGCCAUCAGGCAAGCCCACAGGAGACAACAGCCGGACCCGCACCUCAAAUUGCCAGGGCUGUCACUCUGGUAUCGAGCACCCUCAGUGUCACAUGCCCUGUAGCCCAGUCCUCCCCCAAGAUGACCAACCAUGGGAAGUUAAUCUGCAACACCCAGCUCAAGUACCUUUCCAGAACCCCACUCCAGGGCCUUCUCAUUCUCUCUUCUGCCUCUGUUGCCAUCACAGGCUCUGUUUCCCAAGUGAGCUACUCACAAGGCCCGCACCUGUCCACUGUACUGAAGUUCACAAGUUCACAUUCUUGGUUUGCUCUAGAUUUCCUAAAAUGAGGCGGAAAUAAUUUAAAGGUUAACAUGGGGAGCCAAGAAAGGCUGUGUGCUGUGGACCACAAACCGAGAAAGUCCAGAAGUUAAAGGGGGAAAAAAAAUGUUUUAAACAAGACCAAAACCUCCCCAAACUGACCCUUCAUGCAGCCACACAUCAGAGCCGACCGCCAGGGGUCAGUAUUGUGCUGGUUUAUCCAGUGAUGCCAUUUCAUCCACACAAAGUCUGCUUAUACAAAGAGGAUUGUUAGCUGGUGGGAGGAGGGGGUAGACUCCUUUAGGGAACAAAAAGAAUGUCACAUCUGUAAAACAAGAGGCCACAGUGAUGUUCAGCCCAUGUGAUGUUCAGUAGAGCCUGGAUACUGGCAUUCAGCAUGCAUGUGGACAUCUGCUACUGACAACAAGCUGAAUCUUAUAACCAUAAAAAGGCCACUAUGAAAGGAGCAUAUUCCAUUCUCCUCUUUUUUAUAUUAUGUGUGGGAGAAUAAAAUAUAGAUGUUUCUUCACAUACUGCAUGAUAUUAUCUGUGCCCCAUUUUGCUCCAUUUCUCCUUUGAAGUGGAGAUUUCUGGUUUCUUUGUAAACUCAGUUUUA